AUGGCGAUCUUGGUUUCAAUAUGGACAGUAACAAUAUUACUGUGUUUUUUAGUUGCAUCAUCGGGUGCUGAAGAGGCUAGCGACAGCAGAUGUGACGUCGAUCAUUCGUGCAACCAGGGACGGUGCUGUAGCCGUUACUUCUUCUGUGGUACCGACUAUGGCCAUUGUGUCACUUAUUGUUUGUCCCAGUGCCACUAUGUACCACCACCGCAAACCACUGCGGCCGUCGUCGCAUGGCGGCGGCCGGCGGAGGGCACCCUCGAUCAUCUACUGAAUAUUAAUGCCACGUUUAAGAAUGUUAACUCAUCGUCGCCAUGCGCGAUUUCUCUCUCCAAUGUGCCGCUGGCUGUGCGUAACAAGUAUGCUUUGGCUGCUUUCGGAGCAAAGAUUUCGCUGCCGCAGCUUGAAUCGUCUUCACCCUCGGGAGCACAACAGCCGACUAACACUACUACUAAUUAUUGCGGCAAGUGCAUGAAGUUGAGAAAUCGCGGAAGCGGAGCUGAAGCGAUGGUGCGAAUUGUUGACGAACGUAGCAGCGAGGGUCUGGAAUUGGACCGUGAAACUUUCGACAAGCUUCGUGCCAAGAGGAUUGCAAAUGCGGAAAGUAAUGAUGAUCGCCACCUUGUGCUGGAGUAUCGCUUUUAUAACUGUUGA